AACAUUUGUAUUUUUCCACCUCCCAACAGUCCCAGUUGAGUCGAGUUUACAAAGUGUGAAAGAAGGGACACACUUCGAGGGAAAUGGGGGUGUCCUUCCUAUCAACAGCUCCGUCUUUGAUUCCAAUGGCGCCCCAACCAUCUUCUACCCCCAGACACUCUUUUCAAGCAGGGAGGAUCCGUUGUAACCGAAUUGAAUGUAAUGGAACUGAUGAGGAUGGAUUCCGUCGGAGGGACGUUCUCAAAUGCGUGGGUGCCACCCUUGGCAUGGAAUUACUAGCAAGCUCAGGACCAUUUGUUGAAAUGGCUGCUGCAGCUGAUUUAAUACAACUCAGACAACGUUCUGAGUUUCGUUCGAAUGUCAAGGGGACUCUUUUUACUGCUAUAAAGGGAAAUCCUGAUAUCAUCCCAUCCCUACUAACUUUAGCACUGAAUGAUGCCAUGACUUAUGAUAAGGCUACAAAAUCUGGAGGCCCAAAUGGAUCGAUACGAUUCAGUUCAGAGAUAAGCAGACCUGAGAAUAAAGGGCUCUCUGCAGCUUUGAAUUUAUUAGAGGAAUCAAAGAAGGAGAUAGAUUCAUAUUCCAAGGGAGGGCCAAUAUCAUUCGCAGAUCUCAUCCAAUAUGCAGCUCAAAGUGCAGUAAAGUCUACAUUUAUAGCUUCUGCAGUACGUAAAUGUGGUGGGAAUGAAGAGAAAGGGAAUUUAUUAUACACAGCAUAUGGCUCAAAUGGGCAGUGGGGGUUGUUCGAUAAGCAAUUUGGGAGAGCUGACACUCAGGAGCCAGAUCCGGAGGGAAGAGUUCCCCAGUGGGAGAAAGCUAGUGUCCAGGAAAUGAAAGAUAAGUUCACAGCUGUUGGCUUUGGUCCCCGCCAGCUAGCUGUUAUGUCUGCAUUUUUGGGUCCAGAUCAGUUGGCAAGUGAGGCCUUAUUAGCCACGGAUCCAGAUGUUGCUCCAUGGGUUCAGAAAUACCAACGCAGCCGAGAAACAGUUUCUCAGACUGAUUAUGAGGUUGAUCUUAUUACCACUCUCACAAAAUUGAGUUGCUUGGGCCAACAAAUCAACUAUGAGGCAUAUAGUUACCCUGUCCAAAAGGUUGAUUUUAGCAAGCUCAAACUAUAGUAAGAUAGCACUUGGCCAUAGCAGAGAAGCAGUUCCAAUUUCUGAGCGCAACUGGCCUGCAACAAAGCUUUUAGUUUUGACUCUAUGGGAAGCUUUCAAAGAUAAAUUUUGAAAUUGCUUGCAUGACUUUACAAUUCAGUUUUAUUGCAAAUCCUCGUUGGCUAUUAUAAUCAUAUCAUUUUUUAGUAGGUA